GUUUGCACUUUGCAUCGGAAAUCGUCAUCGAUGACGGUUCGGGAUAUUAAAAUCAAAAUGUGAGUCGAAUCUAUCUCCUUUGUGAAAUAAUCUAUCUAAAAUGAACGUCGUCGCAAAAAUGGCAGGAAUAAGUGGUAAAACAGGAACCCGCAGACGAGAUGCAAUCAGAGUGCAAGUUAUGAAAUGUUCGGGCCUGUUGCAACCUGAGUAUAAGAGCUUCAGUAUAGAUCCUGAAAUCACCAGCUUUGACAUGCUACAGCUUCUCCUUGUACAAGCAUUCCAACUAAAGAUAGGUUUUACCAUCAGCUACCUGUCACAUGAUGACAGAGGUCAGGAGGUCUAUCUAUCCAUGUUGUCUGAUUGGGAUUUAGAUGCUGCUAUCUGUGGAGCUUCAGACCCAUGCCUUAGGCUUAAAGUGGAUGCUAAACCAUUUGAUGGUCCAGGACUCUUGGAGGACUGGGAUGUGAUAACAGGAAUGGAAGCACCUCUUCACAAUUCCCAUGAUCGCAGCCAUUCUGUACCACUAGUCGGCGCUUUUAUGGAUCAAGUUGGGAAGACCUUCAAUAGGUUUCAGAAAAUCUUCACAACCAAUGAUGAUUCAAUGGAAGGGGAAAAGUAUGAAAUGCCAAUGAGACCUCUGGAUGAUCAGGAGUUCUGGUCAUUCUUGGAUCCACUUGGACGUCUUGAGAGACCACAGGAGCUACGUAUUAGGGUGUACCAGGGAGGUGUUGAAUCAUCCCUGCGCAAGGUAGUCUGGCGCCAUCUCUUGAAUAUCUAUCCCGAGGGUAUGACUGGAAAUGAGAGGCUAGACUACAUUCGAACCAAAUCAAGAGAAUAUGAGCGGUUGAGAGACAGACUUCAAAACGACCCCAGAGAGGACUUCAAAAAUAUUAAGAACAUGGUGCGUAAGGAUGUUCUACGGACUGAUCGUCUUGAGAAGUUCUAUUCUGGCGGGGAUGAAAACCCAAAUGGUAUUAAGUUGUUCAAUGUCUUGACAACCUACUCACUGGCACAUCCUGAUGUAUCAUACUGCCAAGGUAUGAGUGACCUGGCUUCACCCAUUCUCUAUGUAAUGAAUGAUGAAGCUCAGGCCUACAUUUGCUUUUGCAGUUUGAUGAAACGUCUUAAAGGUAAUUUUAUGCCUGACGGACAUGCCAUGUCCAUCAAGUUUUUGCACCUUACAGAACUCAUUCGCUGUUUGGCUCCUGACUUUUAUGAUUACCUCAAAGAACAGAAUGCAGAUGAUCUCUAUUUCUGUUACAGGUGGCUACUUUUGGAGCUGAAGAGAGAGUUUGCAUUCCAGGAUGCAUUGAGGAUGUUGGAGAUUAUGUGGAGUUCCCUCCCUCCAGAUCCCCCAACUGAUGGUGUUACACUAAAUGGACCGAUCACUGGGAAUUCCCCUUCAGCAUAUGCAAUUGACAGGGUCCGCUUCCGCUUCUCACGUCUCAGGAGCUCAUCUAGGGACAGUCUAGGCAGUCAGAGCAGUUUGAACAAAACCCCACAGUCUGUAUCACAUGCUGACAGCAAUUCCAAAGAACAGUUGAAAGAGGAAGAUCCAAGCAGGGUGAGUGAAACACUCAGGGAAGUAGAUGACGAGGAAGCAGAUAGUAACAAGAACGAAGAACAGUGCGAAGAAAAAGAAUCAUGUGCUACCAAAUUGGAGCCUGCAGAAAAGAAAUCUAAAUCAUCGAAAGUCAAAAAGUAUAGAACUGAGUUGCAUAUUUCUAUUGAAAAGGAAGACCUAUCUGGGAGAAAUACUAAUGAAGGGAUAUCAAAUCAUAGAGGACAGGGUGAAGAAAGCAAACCCAACAACAAUGCAAAGAGCCAUCCAACUAGCCUAGCAUUCUAUCAGAAAUCAAGUGAUGAUAUGACCUCUCCUGGAAGUGAAACCUCUCCUCUCCUAAAUUCCUUACCGAAGUCUCCUCCCAAAUCUCCCCAGAGACCCCACCCCAUGUCACCACUAAAAUUCCCCCGUCAGUCUCCAUCUUCCCCCUCCCGUAGCCUGUACAGAGGCUUGCCCCCUCCUCAAGACUUUGGUGGAGGGAACCCCUUCAUGAUGUUUGUCUGUGCUGCAUUGCUUCUUGGUCACAGUCGCAGGAUCAUGGCCAAUAAAAUGGACUAUAAUGAAAUGGCCAUGCUGUUUGAUAGGAUGGUACGCAAGCAUCACCUGAGCAAGGUAUUGCAUCAUGCUAGAGCCUUGUACUUGGAGUAUCUACAAUCUGAGGCGGCUAGGCCACAGGUUCAGGUUGUAGGGACCAAAGCAGCUGGGAAGGAUGGACCAAGUGGUAUGUCAGGUCUUAAUGGCUCUGCCGCUGCAACAAUCCAAGGCUCUUGUUAAUGUAAUCAAUAAAGCCGCAUCCAAACUGCCUAGAAAUUGUUUAUUGUUAAUGUAAGUUUAUUCCCUUUUGUUUUUAUUAUUAAAGGUCACAUUUAUGAAUAUGCAUGUAUGAAGAAGCAUGUCAUGCAGGCAUUUUAAUUGAAAUUUGUGCAGUAACAACUGUAGUAAACAUAAACAGUAAAGUAAUGAGGUUGACUUCCAUUCAAGUAUAUGUAUGUACUGUAUGUGUCAUGACUAUGUGCAUUUGUACCUGCAAUUAUUGGACGUGUGAUUUAAAAAUGUAAUUAUUGGACCAGCUUAUUCAAUACAUAAUGUGGGACAUUGCUAAUAUCUGUUGUAUUUUUCGUGAAUGUUAAAAGCCAUUGUCAUUUAUACUGUGUUGUUAUCUCAAAAUAUAUUCUGUUAUGAAAUAUUCUUUUCAUGCUGUCAAGAUCUACUUUGCUAAUUAAUUUACUUCUGCAUAGUGCACAAAACACAAAUGAAAUUGCAUUUCUAUAGUGCAUAAUACACAAAGUCUCUAUGCACUUCACAUAUACAUGAAUUAAAAAUCUCAACUAAUGAUAUGCAAUAUGGUCAUUGAAGAGAAUAAAUUACAAUAGGAUUAUAUAAUUCAAUAAUUAUACAGCAUGGCAUAAAACCAUACAAUUUAUGGUAAAGCAUAUCUUAUGAUACAAUAACUUAAUUCUCGACAUAUACCAAAUUCUGACUUUUAUAAGUACAGUGUAAAUAAAAUCUAUAAAGCAAAUAUAUAAUCAAUUCUUAAACAGGUAUGUUUUUAGUGCAGUCUUAAAGGUCUGGAUAGUGGAUGCAGUCCGGAUGACAAGUGGGAGAGAGUUACAGAGGGUUGCAGCAUUGAGGUGAAGGUGCUAUGGCUGUAGUACUGUGUCUUAAAACAAGGAACCUGAAGAAGAUGCUUAUUCUGUGACCUCAGAGCACGGGAAGGAGUGUAGGUGUUGAUGAGUUCAGAAAGAUAUGACGAACCAGACAGAGACUUAUAGGUGAAGAGGAGGAUCUUCAGGCAAAUUCACUUGUCAAUUGGAAGCCAGUGGAAGUUACGAAGGAGGGAUGAGUUGGAAGUCAGUCCAUUAGCUCACACUGUGAUUCUAGCUGCUAUGUAUGUUGUUGCCUUUGACUUGCUUUUAAUUUUUAUUUUCAGGAUUUUCAUUUGCCUUCAGAUCCCAAGUAUUCACUUUCCUUUCUUGUUUAAUAGAGAUAUCAGUUUCUUUUCUCAUUCUAUUUUGAUGAUGACUGAUGAGUAAUGAUGGUAGGAUAUUUUUUUACCAUGUCACAACUUUUACUUUAUAUGGUUCGUGCUAAGAAAUGAAGAUAUUUCUGCCGUGGCGUCUGUCAUCUGUCCACAGUUUCAAAAUGCUUCUUCUUUGUCAUUUUAAAUUUGAUUUCAUUUUUGUUUACUUUUAUGAUAGCACUAGGUGGAGGAUUCAAAACUUAUACACAGAAUUUAGUGGGUUUUUUUUACAUUUGAGAGCUACAUGAGGUUCACCAAGUUUCUUCACAGAAUUUAGACAUUUUUACUAGAAAAUUAUGCUAAUUUAUACAAAAUUUAUUCAUAAAUCACAAAAAUGCUUCUCUGUCAUUUCUUCAUCAAU